UUCAUUUAAACGUCAAAUCGUUGUCAUGUCAUGUGUCACUGUCAUUCCUCUCACCUCACUCUGCUUCAUCCAUCCUCAUUCCCGUAAAAAUGGCGACUUUCCUUCCUCGUUCUCUUGGUCUUGCUGAAACAGUAAUUCGGAAUAAUGGAACAAAGCUACUGGCAGCGACGGCCCUGCCCCACAAGCAGCAGGUGCGCAACCUGAACGUGCACGAGUACGUGAGCUACACGCUGCUGCGCGACGCCGGCAUCCCCGUGCCCAAGUUCAACGUCGCCAAGUCCAAGGACGACGCCCUUAAGUUCGCUCAGGAGCUCAACAGCAAGGACAUCGUCCUUAAAGCUCAGGUCUUAGCCGGAGGACGAGGAAAGGGUGCCUUCAAGAAUGGUCUCAAAGGCGGUGUCCGUAUGGUUUCCACACCGGAGCAAGCCGCUGACCUCGCGAGCAAGAUGCUCAACCAGUACCUGGUGACGAAGCAGACCGGCGCCGCCGGCCGCAUCUGCAACAUGGUCAUGGUCACCGAGCGCAAGUUCCCGCGCCGCGAGUUCUACGUCGCUAUCAUGAUGGAGCGCAGCUUCAAUGGUCCCGUGAUAAUCGCGUCGUCGCAAGGUGGCGUGAACAUCGAGGACGUGGCGGCGGAGAACCCCGAGGCCAUCACCUACGAGCCCAUCGACAUCAUGAAGGGAAUCACUGCUGACCAGAUCAACCGCGUCAUCGAGAAGAUUGGGCUUCAAGAAAGGCAACAAGAAGCGUCUGACAUGAUUGCCAAAAUGUAUGAGCUGUUCUUGAAAAAAGACGCUCUGCUUAUCGAGGUGAACCCUUACGCCGAGGACGCUCUCUCUGGCAAUUUCUUCUGCCUGGACGCCAAAUUCCGUUUCGACGACAACGCCGACUUCAGGCAAAAGGAGCUGUUCGCACUGCGCGACACCACGCAGGAAGACCCCAAGGAAAUCGAGGCCGCCAAGUUCAACCUGAACUACAUUGCUCUCGAUGGCACGAUCGGUUGCAUGGUGAACGGCGCCGGGCUGGCCAUGGCCACCAUGGACAUUAUCAAGCUGUACGGCGGCGACCCGGCCAACUUCCUCGACGUGGGCGGCGGCGCCACUGCGCAAGCCGUCUCGGAAGCCUUCAAGAUCAUUCUGUCCGACCCGAAAGUGACGGCCAUCCUGGUGAACAUCUUCGGCGGCAUCAUGCGCUGUGACGUCAUCGCUGAGGGCAUCAUCACCGCCGCCAAGAACCUCAACAUUCAAAUCCCCGUUAUUGUCCGACUUCAGGGCACGAAGGUGAACGAGGCCCGCAAGCUGAUCGCGGAGUCGGGUCUGCGCAUCGUACCGCGCGACGACCUGGACGAGGCGGCCGCGCUGGUCGUGCAGCUCAGCGAGAUCGUGUCCCUCGCCAAGAAGGCCGGAGUCGAGGUCAAAUUCGACAUCCCUAGAUACAUGCUCGAGAAGUAAAACAGUAUUAGCUCGCCCAACACUCGGCAAACGAGCGACUCGUUAGUUUGCCGAUGUAUGUACUCAUCUAUCAUGUUUCACCAGUCGGCCAAAGGUCAUUCGAUCUGUUCCUCGUAGUAUCGUCGUGUGUGAAACGCGAGAUAACCUUUACGGUAUAUAUGUAGUACCUUGCAGUUCGUUUGGUUUCACUAUAUCCGGCAUAAUUUGCGCAACUUAAUUAUUAUUGAGUCAUUUAAAGUUUAAUUAACUUUUUGUUUUUAUCAACUGUAAAAGAGUACCUAUUGCCGUAAUGAGACUACGAAAUCUAUUCUACCGACAUUCAAAAAUAAUGUCUCGCAAAUUCCUAUAUUGUGUAAUGUUAAAGUAUUACGCAUUUAUUUAAUGUUAACCAUAUUCCUUAUUAUAUAAGCUUCAAGAAUGACCUUUGAGCACUUCAGUAGUCAUACGAAAACGUCUUUACCGUAAGUCUUGUUUGCUUCUUCGAAUAUUAUUGUUAUACUGAACGCGAUCAGUUGAUUCAUUGUUACUAGCGACGUUAAUCAUACUCUAGAUAUUGUUAUAAUUAUUUUAAGAGUUAAUGUAGAAGUAGUUACAUAAAUAUUAGUAGAUAGGUACAAAUUAUAAAUGUUUUAUUUAUUUUUUGGUCCUUUUACAUUUUGUUUAUCUCAUUUACUCGAGAUUUUGAUACGAUCGUGUCUAGCUUUUGAGACUUAUUUAUGUGACGAAGUUAACCACACAAAUGCUUGAUUGCGUAUAUUUUACCGCUUAUGAUAAAAUCUAUUCAAACUGUAACUGAUGACAUAUAUAAGAAAAACAUCGUGAGGCAAACGUAACAACGAAAUUAUUCGGAUGCGCCUUUACACAUUAUUUUGAACUACAAGGUAAAAACGUUAAGUUCUUUCUUUAUUCAAAUAAUUAUCAUAAUUAAGUCGACGAAACUUACGAACCUUACAUAGGUUGUUCACUAAUCAUUCAUAAUAUUAAGGUCAAAUUUACUAGUUACUUAUUCUAUUUAUUGAAUGAAUGUUUAGUAAAGUCGUUGUGUAGUAAUGUAAAGCUUCUGUAUGUACUCGUACCGUACUUUGUCUCGCCACGUAUACAGUUAGUGAUGUCCGGCGGCGGCCGCGGCGGGCUCCCGGCGCCAGCGCGGCCGCUGCUGCCUCUCGGUAAGUAUUGUUUAAUCGGCGGGAGCCCUCUAACGGCAUACCGUGAAACGUGUAACAUGCAAUAAUCAAGUAUUUUGUAAAAUGUUUCUUUGUAAAUAGAUACAAUUGUUAAGUUCGUGUAUUUAUUGGGAAUAAAGUGAUUGAAGUACAAUGUUGUAUUAACACCGUAUAACACAAGUAAUUAUUAUUUAUUGGAUUGAAAGGUCACUUGUUGUAAUACAUUUGGUUUAGAUCUG